AUGGCAGAAGCCACGGACUCGGCGAAGCUACACAACAAGGCACUUUUCGAAAACCUCAAAAACCUAGAGAAGCACUCGAAAGGAUUUAUGUAUUCUUAUUUCGAUGUCUACACUGCUACAAGUGACAGAAUGGAUAAUCCAUUAAUAUGUGUGUUCGAAGUUUUCUACAAGGGGAAACUCGAUAGGAAUAAGAACUUUGAAGAUCGAGGGUAUGAUUCUUCGUUGUCGUUGUGCUCUGUGUCGAUGCUUAGGUCUUUCCUCAAUUCCUCUAUAGUUUUCGUCGAUUAG